AUGAAACCUUUGCCACCAUUCUUCAUCUUCCUCAUCCUCGUCCUCCUUUCGAUCCUUUCGACCGAAAAUCUCCACUACGCGUUCGCCAAGCUAUGCACCAACGCCUUCCCGCCUCUAUCGUCCCACACGUUAAGACACGAGCUCCAAACAUCGAAGAACGAGACGUGGAGAAACGAGGUUUUUUCGCACUACCACUUGACCCCGACCGACGAGUCCGCCUGGUCAGAGCUGCUUCCGAGGAAGCUGCUGCUGGAGGAAGGGGGAGAGAGAGAUUGGGCCGCCGCGUAUAGAAGGAUUAAGUAUUCUAGCAGGGCCCAAGGGAUUCUUGGCGAGGUGUCCUUGCAUGAUGUGAGGCUUGGGGCCGGGUCGGCCCAUGGGGUGGCCCAACAGACGAAUUUGGAGUACUUGUUGUUGUUGGAUGUGGAUAGGCUGGUUUGGAGCUUUAGGAAGACGGCCGGUUUGGAGACAGCUGGCAAGCCGUACGGAGGGUGGGAGGAGCCGGAUAGCGAGCUACGCGGGCACUUUGUCGGGCACUACUUGAGCGCCACAGCGCAAAUGUGGGCUAGCACGCACAACGAAAGCCUCCGAGCCAAAAUGACAGAGUUAGUUUCUGCUCUAUCUGCCUGCCAGCAAAAAAUCGGGACCGGCUAUCUUUCGGCUUUCCCCACCGAGCUAUUUGACCGUCUGGAAGCUUUGGUUCCUGUGUGGGCCCCAUACUACACGAUUCACAAGAUUUUGGCGGGCCUCGUUGAUCAGUACACCCUGGCAGGCAACGAGCAGGCUCUGAAGAUGGCAAAAUGGAUGGUCGAUUAUUUCUACAGCCGAGUGCAGAGAGUGAUAUCAAAGUUCACGAUCCGAAGGCACUGGGAGUCGUUGAAUGAAGAAUCCGGCGGCAUGAACGACGUGCUUUACCGAUUGUACACCAUAACGGGAGAUCAGAGGCACUUGGUAUUGGGUCAUCUGUUUGAUAAGCCAUGCUUUCUUGGAUUGCUUGCCAUGAAGGUUGAUGAUAUAUCGGAUUUUCAUUCCAAUACUCACAUUCCGUUGGUCGUUGGGUCUCAAAUGCGAUACGAAGUUACUGGGGACCCGCUUUAUAAGGAAAUAGGAACGUACUUUAUGGAUAUCGUUAACUCCUCUCAUAGCUAUGCUACUGGAGGCACAUCAGCCGGUGAAUUCUGGCAAGAUCCCAAUCGAUUAGCCGAUAAACUAGGGACCGAAAACGAAGAAUCUUGCACGACUUAUAACAUGCUCAAGGUUUCGAGGCACCUUUUCAGAUGGACUAAGGAGAUGGCGUAUGCAGAUUAUUACGAACGAGCUCUUACAAACGGAGUUUUGAGCAUUCAAAGAGGUACAGAUCCGGGUGUCAUGAUCUACAUGCUCCCGCAAGGCCCGGGUGUUUCUAAGGCAGUAAGCUAUCAUGGGUGGGGUACACAGUUCGAUUCUUUCUGGUGCUGUUACGGAACAGGAAUUGAGUCGUUUUCGAAAUUGGGAGACUCUAUAUACUUUGAGGAACAAGGAAAGACUCCAUCUCUUUACGUAAUCCAGUACAUAAGCAGCACAUUCGACUGGCGUUUGGGAAAGAUCUCCUUGAAACAGGAAGUCGAGCCUCUAGUGUCGUGGGACCCACACCUCCGAGUCACGUUCACGUUUGCUGCCUCGGAAGAGGUGCAGGGAUCAUCGGGCGGAUCAACUACGGUAAACUUCCGAAUACCAAUGUGGACAGCUUCUGGAAGCGCGAAUGCAACGCUAAAUGGCCGCAAUAUGGCCCUCCCGUCGCCAGGCAAUUUUCUCUCUGUCUCCAGAACUUGGACCCCUGGUGACAAAAUUACUUUUGACUUGCCAAUAACUCUCAGAACAGAGGCCAUCAAAGAUGACCGGCCGGAGUACGCGUCGCUCCACGCAGUAUUUUACGGGCCUUACCUUCUGGCCGGCCUUUCCACCGGCGAGUCGGACCUCAACACGAAAUCGGCAAAAUCAUUCUCCGACUGGAUCACUCCGAUUCCGGCCAACUAUAACUCCCUUCUAGUCUCCCUGUCCCAAGAAGAAUCGCUCGUCCUCACAAAUUCCAACAAUACCCUCGAAAUGCAAAACUUCCCUCAACCGGGCACCAACGCGGCAGUCCGCUCGUCUUUCAGGCUCGUCCCGAAAGAUCCCGUGCACGGAGGAUUCUCGAAGCCACAAGACGCCAUCGGGAAACUAGUCGUGCUGGAGCCAUUCGACUUUCCGGGCUGGGCCAUCGUGCAUUACGGCCCAGAUAAAAAUCUUGGAGUGGCGGGUCAAUCCAAUUCCAAGGGCUCGGUUUUCCGGUUGGGUGUCGGGCUUGACGGUAGAAAUGACUCGGUUUCUUUGGAGCCCGAGGACCAAAAGGGCUGUUUCGUGUACAGUAGGAAAAACGAGUGGUCGGGCGUGAGGCUCGGUUGCGGGUCGAGCUCUUCAGACGAAGGGUUCAAACGGGGCGCGAGUUUCGUGUUGGGAAAGGGAAGGAGCGAGUAUCAUCCGGUGAGUUUUGUGGCCAAAGGGGUGGAGAGGGGCUUUGUUCUGUCUCCAUUGAUUAGCAUAAGGGAUGAGAAUUACACUGUGUACUUCAACAUGGGUUCAUAA